AUAUGCCAACAAUGGUUUAUGCAAGGUAUAAGGAGUAUGGUAGCUUGCUCCGUAUUUGGAUAGGCGGCUUUCCCCUAGUUUUUAUUGCAGAGGGAAAAUAUGCUGAGGUAUUAUUCACAUCAGAAUGUACCGAAAUCAAACCUGAAUUUUACCGCUUACUUCACGGAUGGCUGGGGCUUGGACUCCUCACCAGCAGCG